AUUGGACCUCGAAAAUUAAAGUUCUGGCUCUUCUUCAGCGAUCUGCUUGAGCAUGGUAAACUAGUCAUUUCAGAUCGACAAUUGCAAAUGGACCGUUUGACCGUUCCAAUUGGCUUUUACACAUUCUCAAUCGGCCAUUGAAAACUCACCAUCCCGAAUUGACCAUUACUCGCUGGUCAUAUCACCAGGUAGUCCCUCCCUGGUCGUAACCGCACGAUGUUUUGAAUAUGGCUAGCCUCUUCUAUGUAUAUAUUCCUGGUAGUACGGAAUCUGCCGCCAAGUAACAUAGUUUUCCACAGGCUGGUUAUUUGCGUAUACACCUUCUGCGCUCCACUCUCCUGUACCCCUUACUACUUUUCAAAAAGAACCGUGCUUGUUUAUUUUGUACUUGUUUGUUUCCUUAAAACUCGGUGCAACCAUUUGAGUCUGUCCAUCCAAAGUUACCGGGUGCUUCAAGCAAUCUCCAAAAUUAUGCGGUCAUCUCGCAUCCAUUUACUCCCAUUUCAAAAGCAAUGCAAACAUAGAACAACUCGCAGACAGAGAAACCGUUCGUCGGGAAUCGUAAUACAAGGCUAUGAUAGAUACACUUAGUUGACCGCUGAAAUAGUAAAUGCUCCUCAGAGAUAAUGGAUUGGUUUCUGAGUCAUGAAAAAAUCAUUAU